AUGCCUGUGGAUUUCAGUGGUACCUGGAACCUCAUGAGCAGUGACAACUUUGAAGGUUACAUGCUGGCUUUGGGUAUUGACUUUGCAACUCGCAAGAUAGCAAAAAUGCUGAAGCCACAGAAGGUGAUUGAACAGGAAGGUGAUUCAUUCUCCAUCCAAACCACCAGCACUUUCAGAAGUUACUUUGUCCAGUUCAAAAUUGGAGAGGAGUUUGAGGAAGACAAUAAAGGUCUAGAUCAUAGAAAAUGCAAGAGUGUGGUUACCUGGGACAAUGACAAGCUUGUUUGUGUCCAGACUGGAGACAAGAACAACAGGGGCUGGACUCAUUGGAUUGAAGGAGAUCAGCUAUAUCUGGAGCUCCGCUGUGAGGACCAAGUAUGCAAACAGGUUUACAAGAGAGCUUGA